ACGACGGGCGUCACAUCGAACGCCUCGCGCGAGAAUAAGACGACGACUGAAAAAAAUUUACCGAGUUUUCAACACGACGAUUAAAAAAAAAUUACCGAGUUUUUAACAACGGCAAUUGAGAUCAGUCAAGAUGCUAAAGCUGAGCGCAGUGGUACAGUUACUGUCCCUGCUACUGUACAUCCAGUCGGUGUACAGCCAGCAGCUACAGCAGUACUGUACAUUUAGCCCGCAGCACACGCUGUGUAAAACCACCGGUAUGGGGCCGGCGUGUGGCCGUAAUGUCCCGGUCAGAGGAGUGACGGCCGCCGAUAUCGCGACCAUAACAAACGGUCAUAACAAAUUCCGGGCCCUGGUGGCCCAGGGGCGGGAGACCCGGGGGCGCCCUGGGCCUCAACCCCCCGCUGGGGACAUGAUGGAGAUGACCUGGGACGAAGAGCUUGCAUUGAUCGCUCAGCGUCACGCCGACCAAUGUUUGUUUGAACACGAGUGUGGCGACUGCCGGAGAGUGGAGCGUUUCGGCGUUGGCCAGAACCUGUAUAUGGCGUUCCAGAGCGACGCUAGUGCUACCAUAAACUGGGACUCUGCCCUCCAGACCUGGUACGACGAGGUGGACCUGGUGCCAAAUACCAGUAUCGACUCCUACAAUUUUGACCCAUCUACGGGUCACUACACUGCGAUGGUGUGGGCGGGAACAAGUCUCGUGGGUUGCGGGUUCACUAUGUUCGAGGAGGGCGGCUGGUUCAAGAAACUCUACACGUGCAACUAUGGCCCCACCGGCAACGUCAUGUUCACCCCCAUGUACCGGAGAGGCCAGCCAUGUUCGUCAUGUCCGCUCGGCACAUCAUGUUCUCUCACCCACCCUGGACUGUGCGCUUCGAAUGAAAACCCCAAAGGAGAGGCUGGCGGAAAAUCCAUCGGUCAAAACCUUGCAACUUUAGAAUCAACCUCCUCGACUGGCAGCCAAAUUGACGGCCAAGGCCGCUCUUUAAUCCAGUCUCAGCCCAACAUCAACCAAUUGCCUACCUCCCCCAACAACAGUGCCAACCCAACCUCUGAAGUAGCAUCCACUAAACUCACUGUCAACCAGGUGGCAACCACUGCAGCUAACAAUCAGGUUGACGACGCACCAGCUCCAGCAGGAAUUCUUACGAAUUUCGUAGGUCUGUCAACCGGAAUUCGAGGUUCCCAGACUCUGCCUCCUCAUCCAGCGACUCUGGCGCUACAGAGACAGAGGGCCAGACAAGGCCAAGUGCAAGAAGCAGGUCUGUCAACUGUCACACAACCUGCUCUCCAAUCCGGAAAACAACCCGAAAUACAGAUAAAAAAUCAGUCUGGAAUCAUGGACGUUUUGCCUCCUGACACGCUCAACAAAUUCUUGGUCAACGUCGGCAGGGACUCGCAGAUAAUAAAGACGGAUUCCCUGGAUAGUGUGAGGGAAAUUCUGAGCGCUCUACCAGCAAACAGCAGCCCGCUGGUCUUCUUCAGAUCUAACAUGGGCACCCUGCGACAGCUGAGCGACGCCGGCCUCCUGAGCGCAGCCCUACAGGCAGCGGGCCAACGCCGGAAAAUUCGGUCAACGAUGACGCCCGCUAUACAACGUCUUGAAUCGUCGUCCUUAGACGACACGUCGCCCAUCGACUUGACAGACGAGACAUCGUCCAUUGAUUUGACAGACGAGACGUCGUCCAUCGACUUGACAGAUGAGACGUCAAGGCCUGCAAAGGCGCUUCUGUCCUGCCAAGACGCGGCCGCCCCGUGCCCCGUGGUUGCCUUGGCCGGCCAAUGGAGACACCAUACGGAGGGCGGCUAUAACGUGGUGCGUGCAGAGCUGGCCCAGGGUGAGGCGGGACAGCUGGUGCUGGGACGGACGCUGUCGCCCACCUCCUCUAGCGCCAUCUGCGUCGCCCUCGCCCACCGCUUCAGGGGCGGCGCCCCUACACCGCGCCUUGCCGUGUCGGUGUGGCCGCUGGGACAGGUGCUGCUACAGGAGGACGUGGCGAGCGUCGCGGUGCCUGACGAGGACGGCUGGCAGCUGACCAGCGUCAGUUUCGCCCCCGUCAGGAACUCCUUCAUGGUCGUCCUGACCAUCGAGCCCAACCCUGCUGACGAACCCCUGGAGGUCUCCGUCAGGGGGUUCAGGGUCACCGAAGGGAUAUGCUAGAUAACUGAUGUCGGGGUUCAGGGUCACCGAAGGGCUAUGUUAGAUAACUGAUGUCGGGGUUCAGGGUCACCGAAGGCCUUUGCUAGAUAACUGAUGUCGGGGUUCAGGGUCACCGAAGGGCUUUGCUAGUUAAUUGAUGCCGCUGCUGACGCUGCACUCACAAAAUAAAUAGGUCACAUUGUCCACAUAAUGAUACACUUGCAUAAGUGUAUAAUUAUUACAUUAUUGCAAUAAUGCAAUACAAUAAUGUAAGUGCGUUACAUUAUUGUAUAAUAAUUCAUAAUAACGAUACUAAAGCAUUAGAUGAUAGUAGGUAGCAUUGAUCCGUCCUUUGCCGAACAAAACCGGGUCACGAUGGCACACACAGGAAGAAAACGUGCAUAGUUUUUUGGACAUUGACUCACUCCUUUCUCGGAGUGUAACGUCCAUGACACAUACUGUAAGUCGCCAUGCAGGACGGCGACUCUAGUGUCUCUAGGUACGAAUAACAUUGGUGGCCUUUUUUUUUUUGUAUUCGUGGACGAAGGUUUAACACGCUGGAUGAAAUAGAUAGCAAUGUAAUUAUGGUUAAAGCCUUCAAAAGAAUUUCAACAAUUUGAAAUUUUAUUUUAAAAUUAAUUUUUGAAUUUAGUUCAUAUUAUAUCAACCAGAUUUCAUUUAUCAGCGAGGAUUUACUUGAUAGUAAUGGUGCCAAUGAAUAAUGCUUUUACAUGUCAUUUUCGUCGGCUUGUGGAACGCAGAUCGAGCUUGCGGCUCCGCAGAGAUUAUAUAUAUCCUUAUCGUCAGAGAUUAUACGUAUAUCGUUACCCUUAUCCGUAUUCAUUACUUGAGGUAGUUUAUAAGACUUUAAUAUUAUUCCACUCAUCGUAACUUGAGCUUAAGACGGACACGUUUGUAAUUAUUGAUACUUUGAUCGUGUAGACUUUUGACUUAAAGAAAUCUGCAAAA